AUGACCUUGCCAGCUUGUGAAGUGGGUACUACCAUCAUCAUAACCAACGUUACCAUCAUCAUCACCACCAUCAUCACCAACACCUUCACCAUCAUCACCACUAUCAAGUCUAAGCAAACAGGCCCAUCAAGGUGGAGCAGCUUGCUGUGGGCAUGGACUUGUAAACAGUCAAGUAGGACACCAGCAGACUCACUCCAACCCCAAACCAUUGCUUUUUAUGCUUUUUACUUCCCCAUGAUGAGUUCUUAUUUUUUUCCUUUCCUGGUGUGGCUGGCCAGACUUGUAAACUGUUACUUUAUGAAUUCAUAA